CCUUUAUUUAUUAAUAGAAGUUUACUAUGUAAUCAGAAGAAAUAUUAAAAAUAGUCAGUUGCUCAACAACCGGCUUUUGGAAUCGGCGAUUGGCGCGUUGGCUAAUGUGAUGGCCGUCCAGAGUGCCCGAAGAGAAGUUCUUCAAUCCACUUACAGUAGUAAAAUUGUAUGCGUCCUAAUGACGAUGCUGGAUUAUAGCUCGACUCGCGAAGCCACAAGGAAAGUGAUUAUUCAAUUUCUGUAUAACGCGAGUUUGGAGGACGUCGGCGCGGAACUUCUAAAUAACAACGAACUUUGCGACAUUCUCUAUAUUCUUCUUCAAGAAAAAGGAAUGAAAGAGGAGCUUAUCUCAAUGAUUUUAAGCUUAUACUAUUCUUUAGUGAGAUACAAAACCUUUUCUAACAGCGACGAGGAAGCAGUGAGGUUUUUUACUGAACUCUGCGCUGUCUACUCAGGAAAGGUUACUCUAUUAACAGAUAAUUAUAAAAAUAUUAUUGAAGCCGACUGUGAAGGUCAAAGAAAAAGUAAAGUCAAUACUUUCCUGCUAUCAACUUUAUAUAAAAUACUUGACCCAGAUUGCUGUGCUCUAGGCAUAGAAAAGUAUAGUAUCGAGCACCUGAGAUAA